UAGGAGAAAACUUUAUUGAGAAUAUUAUUAUAAUGAUGAAAUCCAAACGCACAUAUACAGAAUUAAAUUCUGGCAAAGAUAACAUAGGAAUUGAAUCAUUUAUAAAUAAUCACAAUUCAAGAGAACUCGACAACAAUAUCGGAUUGAAAAUGGAAGUAUCAUCUGGAAUGAUUACAGGAUUAGUUGGUUACCCGACUUUUUGCAAUGAGAGUACUAGCGAUGUUUAUUCGACUGUGAUUAUUAUGGACGCUUUUAACUUGGUCUACUUGGCCAAAAAUAUAACCCAAAAUAUCGAUCAUUUGAAAGUUAAUAUAGACUCUACUGACGUAGAACACUUCAUUAAAUAUUUAUGCAAGAAUGAUACAGUUUUUCCUAUGGAUAUCAAGACGAAAAACUAUCUUAAUAUAAUGGCGGCAAGUGAAACUGUUGGUAAAGAGUAUAACUGCCAAAUUAGCCCUAUGAAUUUGAGAGAAUGUCAAACUCCACUAAAUUAUUAAUCAUAAAGGAAAAAGGGGAAAUUAAAAUUAUUUUUACAUUUAUAAUUGGGAAAUUAAUUAUCAAAAACUUAAUUAUUAUCAAUGAUCCAUUUUUGAAUCGCAUAGAAGAAUGAUUAUAAAAAAAAUGAUUUAAUAUAAUUUAUAUA